AUGUAUGUACAGGAGCGCCAGCAAUUGUGGCGCAGUGGAGCAGCUAAGAAGCCUGAAGAUGAAGCAGCGGAACGGGCCAAGCAGCAGGAGAGAGAACGUCAAGAGACGGGCUUUGAUCGUGUCUUCCAGGAGGUCUUCGGGGAGCAGCAGAAGGACAAGAAAGGAGGCGACGAGGAGGAGCUCAACAGUGUUUUAUCCAGUGGAGAUACAGGCGCCAAUGCGUCGUCUUUAGGGCUGUCGGUGGUUGAUGCAGAGACAGAUAAAGACAAGGAGGUGACGAAGGUGUCGGGCAAACGUAAGGCUGCUCUGAGUGAUGACGAGAAAGAAGAGGAGGCGUGGGGCUUCGCGACGGCUGGGAACAGUGGGUUCACUCUCGAUGACUUCGACGCUCCAUCUGACAGCAACGACGCGGGUUCCGGUGAUGUGGGUGAUGCUCGGAAGGCUGCGGAGUUUGAGCGCUGGAAGGCCGAGGACGCCCAAAGUGCGGUGAGCGACAACUUCGUCAAGCUGAACAUGCGUAAGAGAUUCAAGGGCAGCUCUGGGCGCGCCAAGAAGCGACCGGCGUAUCUGCGCGCACGUAAUCAGAACCUGCUGGACGAAGCUACAGGUGAGAAAUCUUCAGGCCUCGCUCCGGUGGUCAAUGCGAACGGUACUCAACAGAGUAAGAAGGAGAAGUCGAUGCUGGCUGACGACGGCGUGGACUUCACCGAGGAGUGUCUGGAAGUGCUGGCCAAAGCCGAGAAAGCGCGUGGUCUCUCUAGUCAAGAAAAAUCGAAACCGAAGAAGGAGGCCGAGUCAUUGACACCGCCGAGGUGUCAUCAUGCGUUGGUCUGUCAGAGCUUGGAGGUCAAGAAGAAGAACAAGAACCACGGCCGCAAGUUCUUCGCCUGCCCGCUGGGAUUCGAUGAAGGUCGCUGCGACUUCUUCCUCUGGGAAGACGACCACGUCCCGCUUGCACUGCAGACACUCUUCACGGCUUCUUCUUCCUCUGACGGUGUUGCUGAGUCCGCAGCUGAAGCAGAAGCCAUUGAGUGCGUUCCUCUGGAUAUUGAAGCUACUGAAGAGGAGCAACGUGAGGCGAUGCUCACCAAUCUGCUUCUGGUGUUUGGGCACGCCGACUUUCGUCCUGGCCAGCAGUGGGCGAUCUCAAGGGUGCUGCGUCGUAAGGACACUCUCCUUGUGUUGCCCACGGGUGCAGGCAAGUCGCUGUGCUAUCAAUUCCCAGCGCUCUUCUUGCCUGGAAUUACGCUCGUGAUCUCGCCGCUUAUCUCGCUGAUGAACGACCAGUACGAGAGUCUCCCCGCCCCAUUGAAGGCUCGCUCCUUGUGUCUUUCCGGCUCCGGCUCGGAUUCAGGCUCGUCCAAGGCGAAGCAUGCGGCUUUUGUGCGUGAUCUGCUGGCGGACAAACUCUCUCUGAUCUUCCUGUCGCCGGAGAAGGCGCUGGAUGCUGGAAUGCAAGCGCUGCUCGCGUUACCGCGGCUUCAGAAUCAAGGUGGCGAGAGCGAGAGCGACAUGGUGCUGCAGAUGCCAUGGCAAAGGAAGAAUCUGGCGCUGGAAGUUCGUUCCGUCCGGUCGAAUGAUGAGCGACUGCGGCAUCUCGUCCACAUCCUCCCCGAGUUGAGCAAAGGAUCAACACAGUCCUCCAAGGCUGGCGGUGGAGGUGUUAUCGUGUACGUUCACCAGCAACGGCAGACGGAGGAACUUGCAGCUCUGCUGCGUGAACAAUUGCCCAACGCUUGGCGCACUGCUGGAAAGGUGGUGGCGUUUCAUGCUGGCAUGGCGCCUGAGGCGAAGGAAAAGGUCCGCACAGGUUUUGCGCGAGGCAGAGUGCGCGUUGUGGUGGCUACUAUCGCAUUUGGUAUGGGCAUUGACAAGAAGAAUGUGCGGGCUGUUGUGCACUUCCACAUGCCGUCGUCUGUCGAGGGAUACGUGCAGCAGAUUGGACGAGCAGGUCGUGACGGCAAGUCUGCGCGAGCGUUGCUGUAUCUGCUGAAUGAAGACGCGGUGCACUUCCGCUCGUUACUGUUUUCAACCGCAUUACAUCGCGACCAGCUUCGGAGGCUUAUGGCUCUUGUCUUCCAGAGUCGGGAGAGCUUAUCCCCAGCGAGCAAGAAGCAUGUAGUGGCUGUGAAGUGCUCGGGAAGAGGUCAGAGAGCUGGCAGUGACCUGACGCUGGAGUCUCUCGAGCGAGAUUGGCUGGAGCGCCACCUUGACCUGAAGGCGGCUUCGAUCGAGACGUUCCUCACGUUGCUGGCCCUCGAGACGCAGCGUCAGAAGGACGACGAGCUGGGUUUACGCGUGGCACUCCAACCUCUGAGCAUGAGUCAAUGUACACUGCAGCUGCUGGACACUCAAGCGAAGAAACUGGGACCGCAAUCUACACGCAAGGAAUUGCCUAAUGCACGCGUGACACAUCGUAAGGACGGGUAUCUGAGCUCUUGGGUUAUCGACUGCCACCUGCACGAAGUAGCUCAAUGGUACGGACGGACGACUGGUGCCAACAGCAAUGGAGACCAAGCUGCAGCCCUGUUAGCAGCUUCCGACGCUCAGCAGGCGGGUGAAACCAAUGCUGCUGCGGUCGCUGCCGCCACGAAUGAGCGUCGGCUGCUACAAGAAUUGCGAGCGGCUCAACAGACUGGUCAGAUCCAGCGCUUUUCGCUGUCACAGCCCGCAUUCCAGCUGCAGUUGAGCUGGAGGGCUGAACUGACCGACGAGAUGAAGAGUGAAGUCGUGGACCGAUGGACGAAGCUGUUGUAUGCGAAGCACGGGCAUCUCGAGUCGCGCCAGCUUGCUCGUCUCGCUCAUUUGUAUGGAGCGCUGUACGCGGCAGCUCUACCGGCGCCUUCUCCGACGUCAACCGCGCGUGAUGGCGAAGAUGAAGAAGACGAAGAAGAUCUGGAUGAUAAGGCCCAUGCUCUCGAGACCAAACCGGUACGUUACUUCGAAGACGACGACGAUAAGGAUGAUGCUGCCGCCGGUGGAGACGACGUCGAAGGUGACGAGGAUGAGCGUUUGCUGCAGAAAAUGCUGCGGCCGCUGACCGAGUCUCUGAUCGAGGCUAUCGAGCGAGGUACACGCUCACUCAUUCAACUCCGUCUUGGCGGUGGAGGUCCGCUUGAGGGCAGUGAUACUGAAGAGAGCACGAGCAACGAUGAAGGACGAUGGCGCGACCACGUCUGCUGGCGACGGUACUCUGACCUGGCAUUCGAGCGCAUCGUGCAGAUUGCACACAAGGUGAUCCUGGAGGAGGAGGCUUUGGAAUCGACUGUAAAGUCGGCGAGUGUGGGCAUGUCGACAACUUAA